AUGGCUGGAAUCGGUAGUUGUGUUCGAGGAAGUGAUGUAACAGAGUUCAAAAAGGGGCAAAUUGUUGGCCUGUACCAAAGUGGGAAAAAAUGCAAAGACAUAGUUAAAAUUAGUGCUAUAGGAUUUCGAACUGUUCAACGCAUUACUAAAAGGUGCAAAGAGGGUGGAGAAGCUACCUGUUCGCGUUAUCUUUGUGGUCAUAAAUCCAUUCUGCACGAACGUGACCGGCGUUCUCUGAAGCGAUUAGUUAAGAAAAAUCGCAAGAAAUCGACCAUUCAACUCACAGCACUCUUCAACGAGGGAAGUAAAACAAUUUCCCAGCGAACAAUACCACAAGAAGUUCUAAAAUCGGGAGUAAGAAUCUGUGUUGCAAUAAGGAAGCCAUUUGUGAGUGCCAUUAAUCGGAGAAAGAGAUUGCAAUUUGCAAACGAUCAUAAAAAUUGGACUGUUAAUUAUUGGGGAAAGGUUAUGUGGUCCGAUGAGUCCAGAUUUAUGCUCUUUCAAAAUGACGGACGCGUCAGGGUUCGAAGAGAGCCACACGAGGCAAAUGCAUCCUACAUGUCUCAUUUCUGCUGUGAACUAUUUCGGAGGCAGUGUAAUGAUCUGGGUUUGUUUCUGCUCAUUUGGACUAGGCUCGGCUGCAUUGUGCACCAACCAAAUGAAGUCUGCACAGUACCUUAA